AUGAAAUACCGUUGCAUUGCUGACUUUGUUGUUGUGGCCGUUGUCAUUGUGGCGGCGAGUGGUCUCAUUGUGUUCGCCAUUGCCUUGCAGAAUGCCAGCCGGCGAUUGGAGCGAAAGCUGGCGGCGCAUGAAGCCAAUUUGACGCAAAUCACAGAACAGUUGAUGCUAAUUGGCACAACAACAACAACAACAACAAUGAGUUCAAAACCAACCGAAAGCGACAUAACAGUGCCAACGACCGAGCAACGAGGAAGUAACGAUAUAACAGAUGCAACAACAACAACAACAGUUCAGCCAGUGUCGGUAGAGCGCAGCGUCGCGCCGGCGUAUGAGCAACCUAGAAUUGGUACGGCGGGUGCAAUGAACACCGCAACAACAACAACAAUUGUAACAAGAGCAGCUGUGCGCACUAGAAAAAUACCGGCAUAUAUAACAACAACAAUAAAUGCUGCUGUCGAUCGGGCACAAUCGUCGCGACGAAUCACAAGGCUCAAAGCGAAACUGAUGCCAGCAGCCAUUGUGGCAGCACGCGCGGCAACCAACACUUUGGAGGAGUCAACCGCAUGGAAGACAUUAACAUCGCAUCCCAACUCGCUGGUGCAACUGUUUCCGUCACGUGCGAUGCGCGUCGUUCAAGAGGUGGUGCGCUCGCUACGCAAGGACACAAAUGUUGUAAUCGAAACUUCAUUGGGCAAAAUUCGUGGACGCUUUCAGAAGUAUAGAUCCGGUGAACGCGGUGGCUACUACAGCUUCAAGGGCAUACGCUAUGGCGAGGCACCCAUUGGUGCAAGGAGGUUCCGUGCGGCAGCGCCUGAAAAGCCCUGGUUAGGUGUGCGCGAUGCGUCACGUGAGGGCAACAGCUGUCCGCACAAGAAUAUGAUACUGGACACAUUCAAAGGCAACGAGGAUUGUCUAUUUCUCAAUGUUUUCACCACACGACUACCCAGAGAGGAUGAUGAACUACAGCUGCCUGUUAUGGUGUGGCUACAUGGCGGCGGUUACUCCUUCGGCUCUGGCAACACUUUCCUAUAUGGCCCCGACUACUUGGUUGCGGAGGAUAUUGUCUUAGUCACACUUAACUAUCGCUUGGGUCCACUAGGCUUUUUGACUGCAGGUCCCGAUGCGCCGGGCAAUCAGGGUUUGAAGGAUCAAGUGCUUGCCUUGAAGUGGGUGCGCGACAAUAUCGCCGCUUUCGGCGGUGAUCCAAAACAAGUCACAGUUUUCGGUGAAUCUGCUGGCGCUUCGUCCGUGCAAAUGCUACUACUCUCGCCACUCGCAAAAGGUCUGUUUCACCGUGCCAUCUCACAAAGCGGUUCAGCGUUGAAUCCUUGGUCGAUGGCCGACAGCUCGUCGGAACGCGCUUUCCGUUUGGCCGCCAACCUAGGUUAUGUAGGUGCCAAUGAUACGGAUGAGAUUUUGGAAUUUCUGCGACGCGUGCCCGCUAUGAAACUGGUGGAGGCUGCGCCCACAACACUUACCGUUGAGGACUCGCGCAACAAUAUCGGCUUGCCGUUCGUGCCCGUGGUGGAAGGUUAUUGGAAUGCCGAAGGUGGUAGAGAAGUAUACUAUGAAGAGCCCUUCAUGACACAGCAUCCCAGCGAAAUGUACCAACAACACAGAUUCCAUAGCAAUGUGCCGUACAUGACGGGCUACAAUACACACGAAGCCAUGCUUUUCAUACGAAGACUACGUAAGAAUCCAAAACUGCUGGAGAUUAUCGAGAAUGAUUUCGCUCGCAUGGUGCCACGUGACCUGAAUGUCACGGACGACCGUGAGCGCGUCACACGCGACAUACGUCAAUUCUAUUUGGGCAACAAGCAAGUGGGCAUUGAGUCCGUGGACGAAAUGAUUGCUCUCCUCACGGAUCUGAUGUUCCUGCAGGGCAUACGCAAGACUGCGCGCAAUCACGCCAAAUACGGCAGCGCGCCUGUUUAUAUGUACCGUUUCUCGUACGACGGCGCGCUGGGACUGUACAAACGCAUGCUGGGUCUGACGCGUCCCGGCGUGUGUCAUGGCGACGAAAUGGGUUACUUAUUCAAAUUCGGUUUCUUCAACUUGAGCCUAGAUCCGCGCUCAACCGAGGUGCUCGUGAAGAAUCGCAUGGUGCGCAUGUGGACCAAUUUCGCCAAAUAUGGCAAUCCAACGCCGCAAAAUGUGGAGGACACAAUGCUGACCACCAACUGGACGCCCAUAAAUCCACAGACUGUGAUGGAAGAUAUUAAUUACUUAGAUAUUUCCGUUAAUCUGAACAUGCGCAGUAAUCCGGAGUCAGAGCGACAACAAUUUUGGGAUUAUAUGUAUGAGCAUUUUAACGGUGCUGCCAUGUAGUCACACAAAAUUCCCAUUAAUAUUUAUAAAUAACGGUGCACCGCUAUAUACAUGCAUUUCUUACAAAAACAAAAAACAUUUCGUUCAUAAUGCCAUAAACCAUAACAUAAUUAUGUCACAAAAGCAGCAUACAUACAUACAAAAGUAAUAGAAGUUCGCUGCAGUUGAAGUUUUAAGGGGCACCCUAGUGUGACAGCCUAAAAACAGCUGUUUUGAAAUUUGAAACAAAUUUAAAGAAUACACAGUAAAUUUUUUUUCAGAAAAAUAUUAAAAAAUUUUUGAGUUACACAUGAUCACCGACGGUCAUUCCGGACUGAUCUAUAGCGGUCCGAUUUGAACAAUUUCUUUGGAGAUUAAACCGUUGCAUUGGAAACUAUAUCCUGACAAAUUUCGUGAAAUUUCAAAUGAAUGAUCCUGGAUUUUGAUCGUUCAGG